AACCCGGACUCCGCUCCUCCAUCUGCUCCUCUUCCUCCUCCUCCUCCUCCUCCUCCUCCUGCAGCGCGAGGCACGCUGCUCAGUUUCCUGUUGCGGGAUUACGCGGACCGUCUCCACCUGAAUCCCAGACCCGGUACCGGCGUCAGUGUCUUCACCGUGGCCGUCCUCGUCAUGCCAGGCCCGGGGAGGUGUUCCGGGCCGGUCCGGUACCUGGUGUCCGCCUGUCUGCUGGGGAUGCUGCUGCACCUGCCGGGGGCGCGAGGCUCCUACACCCCCCAGAGCGGCGAGUGUAAGGGCAAAGGCAAGGACUGCACAGACCUGUCGGAGAAGAAGAGUGACCUGAGGGUUUGUGACGACUCCACCUGUCGCUAUGGCGGCGUCUGCAGAGACGACGGCGCUCAGCUCAAAUGUGUCUGUCAGUUCCAGUGCCAUAAAAACUACAUCCCCGUGUGCGGAUCCAACGGAGACACGUACCAGAACGAGUGCUACCGGCGCCAGGCGUCCUGCAAACAGCAGAGGCUGAUCUCACGGGUGUCGGACGGGCCCUGCUCAGCUGAUCCUGGUUCCGGUUCAGGAGAUGGAGACGAUGACGAAGGUUCAGGAUCCGAGUCGGGAAGAAGUUCACCAAAUGCAGCACAUGUAAAUAUGGAGCCGAGUGCGACGAGGACUCGGGGAUGUCUGGUGAGUCCCCAGCGAGACAGAAAUGACAUAAAAGAUAAAAGUGAUGUAAAGUCGCAGUGCAUCUGUAACAUCGACUGCAGCGGACACAAUGAGAACCCGGUCUGCGCCACCGACGGGAACUCGUACAACAACCCGUGUCUGGUUCGAGAGGCAUCGUGUAUGAAACAGGAGCAGAUCGACGUCAAACACUGGGCCGCUGUCCAGGUGAGUCACAUGACCCGCCCCUCAGCUGCCAAUCACAGCCUUCCACCUCACUGGUCACCUGACCUUUGA